GAGAGGGAGAGAACGAAAAAGGGUGGUGAAAGGCCGAAAGGGAGGAUGUCUUGCUUUGUGCCUUUCAGCUGGAGGAACUUAGACACGAGCUUUUUCGUGUUCAGGCCGACUUUCGCGGACGAGCUCGUCGACGCUUUGAAGCGAUUCUCUGUGUCCACCAAGGUUCUCGGUUGCGUCCAGAGUUCCAUUUUCAGGAGCAUUCAUGGCAACAUGAUCAUAUGGUACGGAGCAUGGACGAGGAAAUCAAGUGACAACAAAGAGUCGCUGAAUGCUACCCUGCUAUCGAUGUUGACCGAUGUAUCGAACAUGGCCAUCCUACUCGAGCACAGCUUCGUUGAACCCUACGCAGGCGAGUCGCGAGACGGCUCGUUGGCCGCCAAAUUCUCAACGGGGGACAUCAUAUCGUUCCACGCAGCCGAGUCCACCAAUGGCGAGAUCGGUGACCUAGCCUACGCAUGCUUAGCGAUAUUCAAGUCUCGGUUCAUGAAGAUCGAGGGCGUGAGCGCUGGGGUUUGCAUGAGAUCAGAGAACCGGCCGAAGGUGGCGUGCGUCUACGUGUGGAAAUCGCUUCAGUUAUGUUACUCGUGGAUCUUGAACUCGGAGUACCGGAAGGCGAUGCUCCCGUAUCUCGACCGCUUCUCUCUCGAUCUCAAGUACGACAUCUUCAAGGUCGUUUACGUGAGUAGUGAUAAUUCAGUGAGUUACUAUCGCCGUGUCUCUCUUCAUCCCAUGUUAGGGCAUGAGGGAGAAAGCAAAGAGAGGCAGGUCAUCCAAAAUUGAUGAAGAGUGGUUCAUUUGUUGUGAAUGUAUA